GCUGAUAUUGUUAGUACGGUAACUGUUUCAACUUUGGUAAUGCCAUAGUGAUUAUUUGUCAACAUAUCAUUGAAGACCUUCGAUUCAGACAUGGGAUUGGCCAUGAGGGGUUUUGUGAAAGACCUGCAUGAAUGGCAAAAAAGAUAUGGAAGUAAAGCCAGUAGGUUACAUCAAUUCCUUGUUCACCUUCAAGAAUGGAACCCCUCGACAGCCCUCAGUAUGUCCUUUUGCCAGAGGGACACUUCAAGUUGACAAAUCCAUCUUCACAAAUCCAGAACACUCACUGGAAGGACUAGAAGAGUUCUCUCAUGUGUGGUUGAUAUUUGUUUUUCACAAGAAUAAUGCACAGUAUGUGAAAGCAAAAGUGAAACCUCCAAGACUAAAUGGGAAAAGGGUUGGCUUAUUUUCAACAAGGUCCCCUUACAGACCAAAUCCAAUUGGAUUAACUCUGGCAAAGCUGGAAUCUGUUGCAGGAAAUACACUGCAUUUAAGUGGCAUUGACCUACUGGAUGGUACACCAGUGUUGGAUAUCAAACCCUAUAUACCCGAGUAUGAUUCUCCAAUUACUCCAACAAUACCAAGACCUAGCACUCUAGGUCAUGAAGAAGAUGAGUUUCAGGAAACUGCGAGUCCAAUGAAAAAGUUAAAAAAUUUGGAACUUGCAUCGCAACCAUUAUCUGAGGAAAUGGAUAAUGACAAAACACCAGUAAACAUUGAGGAAAGUACAGAACUCUUUGAACAACAGAGUAGGUGUGAAAAUGAAGAUAUUUCCAAAGAACAUCAUGCAGCUGAUGAUAAGACAUGUGCAAGUCAGAAAUUGAAAAUUGAAUCUUCAAGUACAUGUUCACAGAAAUCAGAAAUAAAAUCUGCCAAGUGGAUCUCUGAGGCACCCAUUUCUAAAUUAAGUGUCUCAAUAACAGACAGGGCCAAGUCUCAACUUCAAAAGUUUUCAAAAACUGCAGAGAAUCUUGAUUUUAGAUUGAAAUUCCUAAACUCUGGUGAAGAAGCUUUGGAUGCCAUUAGAUCAAUUUUAUCUGAAGAUCCUCGAUCAAUUUAUCGACGGCAAAAGUGUGGAGACAGUUUGUAUUAUUUUACUGUUGAUGUAAUGCAUGUGACUUGCUGGUUUGAUGAUGAUUUGGCAGAAAUUGUUAGAAUUCAACCUGUUUUGUAUGCUGAGCAUCUCAAAUCUCCAUAAUUUAUGGGUUUUGGAUUCUUGAAAUAAAAAUGUGCAAUAUACUAAAUGAAUUGCUGAAAUAAAUAUAUGUUCAACAAGUUAA